UUGAUUUAUAAUUUCCUCCGUUGUUGAUGCACACAGGGAGCAAACUUGCACAGCUUUAGAUACUGUAGGCGCUAUAUCUUAGGGAACAGUUGUUGCAGUGAGUGACAUGUUACGUCUCUGUCUGAGGGUGUUGUUGUAGGUCCACAGACUGAAACGCAGGAGGCAGAAAGACACAGUGCCCUGUCUCACACUCCUCACCCCUCUGUCCCUCUCUUUCAGCCUAUAUCUUCUCUCCAUCUCUCUCCCCUCCCCUCUCUCCCUUUCCCUUAGCCCUCUCCUGUCUCGCUCUGUCCCUCUCUGUCAGUCUAUUUCCAGUGCUAGCUGAGUCAGGCGAAUAGCUCCCAGCUUGGAAUGACACAAAUAGGAAGAGGGACUCCAAUCCUCUAAGAGGGUCAGAUACCAACAGAAAAAUAACAAGAAACUUUAGAAAACAUCAGGAACUACGGAAAAAUACUGAAACCUGCUAAAGGAACCUGCUAUAAUCUACAAAAAUGGACUCUGAUAUGGCUUUGACGGAAUUACAGGAGCAUGAGUUGCCAGAGGCCGUCGUUCAGGAGGAUGAAGACGAUGUGGAGGAACUCAGGAACAGUCUGCGGGAGGUGGUCCAGGACCAGUCUGUGAAGCCCAAGCUGCAGUGUCUGAUGGUGGACCCGUCCUUCUCCAUGGUGACUGUUCAGAGUGAGGACAGCGGCAUAGUCUGGGAAACGGCCUCCAGCCGAUGCUCCACCCCCUGGGCGUCGGAGGCCAGCUACAGCUCUGACACCUACAGUUUGGACGGCUCUGCUACCGGUGGUGGAGGUGCACAGGGCAAAAUUACCAUUGUCUUCGAUGAGGACAAGAUAGUUCGGAGGAGGAAGAGGAUGAGAGGAAAAGCCAGGCUGGGGGAGAGGCUAAGGAGACCCGGGAGCUCCAGGUCUGGCUCGACACUGGGGGUGGAGAGGCCUGAGAUGGCUGAGGUGUCUGUGCCAAACAUCCGAGUGGAGAGUGUAGAGUCAGACACAGAGUCAGGGGAAGUGAAAGACAAAGAGCAGGAGCUGUUUAGUCUGAUUUCAGAGGGUUAUGAGAUCCUCAACAUCAAAGUCCCGUCCAAACUGCCCACAGUGGACGAGGAGGAGAGCACUGAGCUGCAAGAUAACCUGUCCUACUUGGAGGAGACACCCAGGAUCAGGUCCAAAUCCAGGCGGGGCUCUGAGGUCUUACCUGCCCAGGACUACCCCGAAAUGAAGGAGGUACAGGAGGGCACAGAAGGAGAAGAAGUAGGAGAGUCUAAGCCCUCAGAACCCACAGAGCAACAGGGGCCUCACAGCCACAAGGACGGCACCAGCAACAUGGACUACUUUGAGGCAUUUACCCUCCUGGAUGAGGUGGUUCCUGGGCAGCAGGUUCCAGAGCCAGUGGGAGACGAGACACCCACGAAGCCCCAACGAGAGGAGACUAAUCUGGGGCAGAUGACAGCCACAGACAGCCUCUCUGCAGCUCCGGACGAUGACUUUGUGUUUGUCACAGACAUGGAGAUUGCCAGCGAGCGUUUGGAUGAGGUGUUCUAUGGGAACAAACACCACGCACCCCUAGAGGACCUGAUGAAAAGGGGAGAAGAGGAUGAAGAGGAGGGAGGGAAGGAAGGAAGAAGGGAGAGUCUGAGGUCUCUGAAGGAAAGUGGGUCAGCACUGUUCGGCAGAGAGGAGAGCAUCCUCACCCCCAUCUUCCUCUCCCCGGGACCCCCUAAGAUCAUUGAUCCCAUCCUGCUAGAGGAACCCACAGCCAUGUCCUUCCUCUACUCCGACCUGUACGAGUAUGCCAUGGGGGAGAGGAGGAGGAGCGACAGCGAAGGCUCAGAGGCAGAGAGCGUGGGGUCGGACAGAUCGUUCCAGAGGCGACUGUCUGAUUCAGAGGAAACAGACGGAUACCUGGAGAAGUUUAUCCUGAAAGACGAGACUCCCAAUGUGGAGGACCAAUCAGAAGAAGUGGAUGGUAAAGGGGAGGGGCUAAUGAUGUGGUCGCAGAGUAAGUUUGAGCUGACCGGAUUCCUAACGAGAGUGGUGGAAGAAGAAGAAGAGGAGAAGGAGGAGUGUAGUAAGAAGGAGGAGAUCAAAGCUGCAGAGAUGAAUGGGUACCUGCAACCAGCAGGAUAUAAAGAGAUGGAGGAAUCAACAGAAAUGGAAGAAUCAACAGAGAAAUCUUUGCUGCACAUCAAGGAAACUGGUCCAGAUAAAGACUCUGAGUCUGUAAAUACAGACAGCAAAGUGUCUCAAGUUGAGAAGGACCAUCUAGUCCCAGGAAAGAAACCUGAGAAGGUUGAUGUGGUAGAGCAAGCUAAAAGUGAGACAACACCUGAGGCACAUGAGUCAGAGGUUGACAGCCAGGAGGAGGUAGUGUCAGAUAAAGUAUCCCAUGAAACAGAACUACUAGCUCAGGCAGAGGAGGUGAAAAAAGAAGACGAAGUAGAAGUGUCUAGAGUGGCAAAACCAGUUGUAAUUCAGGAGCCUGUGGUUGUACAGGUGAACCAGGUGUCAACUGAAAGUAAAACAGAGACUGUAGUUAAAGCAUCUGAACCUGUAAGAGCAGAGGAUGCUAUUAAAGAUCCAACUGAGGCCAUAGCAGGAGCACUGGAGCUACACAGGGUCUCUCAAAAGGCAGUUACUGAUUUAUCAGUAGCUGUUGUGAAAGUAUCAGAUGAUACUAAAAUGGCAUCUGAAAUUGCAGCUGAAGCAAUCAAUAGAAUGGAAAUGCUAGCUGAAGCACACAAAGUUGAAAAAGUAGAGAAUAGAUCUGAGGAGCCUGUGAGUGUAGCGGAGGAGUCCUUCACACACAAUCCUGAAGCCGAAGUAGUUCCAACUGCCCCUCCUGCAGAAGCUGCGGAGCGAUGGGCGUCACUUCUUGCCCCUGCUGAGGGAGAUAAGGGACAGGAGAAAGAGCCAAUGAAGAAGCAGGACUUGGAAGGUGAGGAUGAGUGGGUGUUCACUCCCCUCAGGAGCUUUGCUCCUCAGGAAGACCUCUCUGAGCUGCACAGAGAAACUGUAGUUUCAGAGAUGGAGCUGCACAGGGAGACUGCAGAAGAGCUGGAGUAUGAGAUAAUCUCGCAGCAGGAGGCAAGAGAGAUGAUGGUGUCUGAGACAGAGAGAAAACAGCUCUGCCCAGGCCCUAACUCUAAUCUAGAGAGAGAGAGGGAGUUGGAGAGGGAGAGAAAGAAGCAGAGGCUCAAGGAGGAGGAGAGACAGGAGAGGGAGGAGAGGGAGAGACAGGAGAGGGGGGAGAGGGAGCAGAAGAAGAGACAGGAGAGGGAGCGGGAGAGAGAAAGAGACAAUCAGAGGCUGAAGGAGAAGGAGCGACAGGAGAGGAAGAGUGAGAUGGAGUUGGUAUUGGAGGGAGAAAAGCAGAAGGAAAGGGUGAGAGAAAACCUAUUGAUGGAUAUGGAGAGGCAGAAGGAGCGAGAGAUGGAGGAGAGGGUAAGAGAAGAGAGAGGGUUGGAUCUCCCCGCUUACGAGGAGCCCAUUGAGGCUGAUUAUGAGAUAUUCGAUGCGGAGGAGGAGAGCCAGGCCAGAGCAGCUGCUGCCCUACAGGGGAUGGAUUGCUUCUGUCUGGGCUGUGGUUGUCUGCUCUCUGAGACUGACAGACUGUCUGGAGGACACCAGGAUCAUGAGGUCACCAGCGUGGAGACAGCCUACGAAGACAUCAGGGAGAGGCUGAGUGAGUGGAUCUCAGAACUGCAGGAGAGAUCAGAGAACAUUGAGGAUCUGGUGUCAGAACUAGAGCUGGGAUACAACACUGUAGAGGACCAUUGCAGGGACAGUGAGGAGGUAAUGGAGGCUCAGAAUGAGGAGAUGAUGGCUCUGGUGAUGGAGCAGUACAACACCAUGUCUCUGAGCAUGGAGGAGGAAAAGAAGGCAAAGCUAGAGCAGCUUUACGACCAGAUCGUCUCCUUCCAGGAGAGUAUAGACCAGACCAAGGUCACACUGGACACCACCGCUAGAGAGGCAGAUAUAGACCCAGACACACAGACAUCCAAAGACAUCUAUAUGAGGUUAACAGAAGCACUACAGUCAGCCAUGUCUCUGGAGCUGGGUCCUCGGGGACUACUAGUGUUUGAAGACUACGCCAAGGGCAAUGCAGCAAAUACACACACACGACGCAAGGGAAUCCCAGUUCCUCAGAAGCCGUCUCUGCAGCCUCAGGAGUGUGCUUCAGCCAGCAGCACCAGUGUGACUGUUUACUGGAGGGUCAACCCUGGAGACAUCAUAGACUGCUUCCAGGUCUACUGUAUGGAAGACCCACAAGGAGCGGUGUCGGAUGAGUACCGUGUGACAGUGAAGGAGAGUUACUGUGUUCUAGAGGAGCUGGAGCCUGACAAGGUGUACAAAGUGUGGGUGAUGGCUGUCAACUAUACCGGCUGCUCUCUGCCCAGUGAGAGACUACCCUUCAGAACGGCCCCAUCGGUGCCAGUGAUUGAUACGGGGCGGUGUACAAUACUGUGGGACUCGGCCACGUUACGUUGGAAUGUGGACAACCAAACACCCAUGCAGAGUUACACCCUGGAGUACUGCAGACAGUACGCCCUUGAGGGAGAAGGGCUUAGGUCUAUCUCAGGUAUCCAGGGCAGACAACAGAGGGUACUACUGCAUCCCAAUGAGAACUACCUGUUCUACAUCAAAGCUGUCAACAAGGCUGGAGCCAGCGAACAGAGCGAAGCUGCUCUCAUAUCUACCAGGGGAACUAGGUUCCACCUGUUGAAGGCUUCGGCUCACCCUGUCCUGAAACUGUCUGAGGACCAGACCACCCUGUACUACCCCCAGGACACAUACACAGAGAGAGGGGAUGUGGUUAACGAAUGUCCAUCUGUCCUGGGUGAGUUGUUACCCAUGAGGGGGCAUCACUACUGGGAGACCAAUGUGACCAGAAGUUCUGCAUACCGGGUGGGAGUGGCAUAUGAGACAGCCAAUAGGGACAGUCUACUGGGGGAGAACAGCACUUCCUGGUGUCUGCAUUGUGUCCCUACACCCUACAGUUGUCGGUUUGAGCUGCUCCACGGCAGUGUUCAGUCAGAUGUGUUCGUGGGGGAGGUGCCCUCUCAUAUUGGCACACUGCUAGACUACAAGCAAGGCCGCCUGUCCUUCUAUAACACCCAGCGCGGCCAGCUGCUCGGGACCCUCACCCACUGCUUCACCCAGCCAUGCCACCCUGUCCUGGGCAUGGAGCAGCCAGGCACCCUGAAAGUCAGCAUGGCCCUGGAGGUGGCCGACUUCGCCAAGCAUAGCUAGCCAAGCACCAGAACUUCCCUAUGCAAGAUAUGUGAUCAUAAGUACCCAUGGAUUUAAUAGAAAUCAAAUGUUAUAAAGCUAGAACAGUGAUAGCUACACUUUUAAUGGAAUAAAUAGCCAAUCUCUCUGGACUCUCCCCGAUGAGGGUGGUGGCUAUAGCUGUAUCAGGACAUUCACUGACUCAGUGAUGAAAGAGACAGGAGUGAGAGGAAGAACUGUAGUUGCUUCAGUAGUAUAGAUUUGAAAGAAAGUGCAAAUCUUGAAGGUAAUAGGAAAAAUAUUUUAUAAAUAGGAAAAAAAAUCUGAGCAAUAGUCAAUAUCUAUCACUCAAUUAUUGCUGUUUUAUUUCUCUUGUGAAUUUGACUGAGUGUGUUCUUGUUGAGGUGAAAUGUUUAAUCUCUGAGAUUAGUAUUAAUUCAUCUUUUGGCUAUAUUUUUUAACAUGUUUUGUCAAUUGUUUUGUGUGCUUUAAUUUCUCCAGUAUCUCCUCUCUUUUCUCAGCAAUCUUAAUCAUCUCUCCUAGAGCCUUUAGUAGGUACAGUAGGCACACAGCCGAGAUGCACAUUAAACUGUAUGUAACUACCAGGGUAUUGAACCCAGGUAGUCUGUGUGACUCAAUACUGUGUUAGCCCACUGAGCUACUUGCAAGGCAAGUUCAUUACUUGGAGAUUGUGUGGAUAAAGAUACUAGUAACUAUUUUGUUUAAAACCAUAGCACUACUUGUGUUUCAUGUUGUGAAUACUGGUGUAUAAAUAACCUUGUAAACAGAUAUGUUGAAUCUCUUCUGUGUGUUUGUUUGGAAUCAUUUCUGAAUGAUGAUGAAUUAAAGUUGUUUCUCUUUGUU